CAAGCGAAGCGACCCCAACCUCCCGCUUUCGUCACUGAGCUCCUGUCAAGUGGAACUCGCAACAAGCGCUAAUCCCCCCAGCCGGUGCUUUCUGCAACUUAAGCUAUCCCUUUCCUACAUCUCACCUUGGCCCUGCACCUACACCACUGUCAUUGUUCGGACCAUGCCUUUGAAUCUAGCUCGGUGCGGAGGGGGCGUUCUCCAACACCUCCAGCUUAGCAGCGCCUUUUCUCGUCCCAUUCGCCAGGCCAUCUCCCAGAGCCAUGUUAGGUGCAUGUCCCUGGCCACUCUCGGCCGCUUCUCGACCCCCAAUGUCAGAUACGCGCCUGUCUCCGUUGCGCUUUCCGGACGCCUGACCAACGGCUAUGCGACUGCAGCUACCCCCAAGAAACGCACCACCAAAAAGGCGGACCCUGAGUCCCCCGAGGCCCCCAAGGCUAAGAAGGUAGCCAGCAAAGCUAAGAAGGCCAAGACCACCAAGAGCAAAAAGGCUACCAAGAAACCUCGCGCGAAGAAGGUUUUGACCGAGGAGCAGAAGGAGGCCAAGAAGGAGGCGAAGAUCGCAAGCGACCAGAGAAAGCUGGUGAAGGAACUGAAAGCAGCCGUCCUCUCGCCGCCCAAGAGGCUCACAAACUACUUCACCUUGGCCAUGUUCGCCAAGCUUGAAGAGGUCAAGAAGGAAGGAAAGGAAUUGGCGGCCACAGAUGCUUUCAAGGAGGCAGCCGAGCGUGCUAAGGCCAUGAGUGACGCGGAGCGCAAGAAAUUUACCGAUGCUGCCGCUGCCAACAAAGAGGCUCACCAGGAAGAAUACGAGAAGUGGCUCAACUCACACACCCCCCUGGAAAUCAAGCAGGCCAACAUGGCUCGGCGGAGACUUGCGCAGAUCCAGAACAAGAAGUUCUUCCCUAUCCACGACCCUCGCUUGGUCAAGCGCGCCAAGGUCGGCUAUCUGUUCUACGCCGAGGAACGCCAUCAGGCCGGUGAUCUGAAGCACAUGACUGUCCCUGAGCGUGGUGUGAGGAUUGCUGAGGAAUGGCGGGGCAUGACCGAUGCCGAGAAGCAGAAAUAUGUGCGUCUACAAGAAGCCGAUACCGAACGUUACUUCCGUGAAUACAAGGAAGUCUAUGGCGAGGAUGCCCCCAAUGUCGGAAAAAACCUGUCUAAAUGAACAAUGUAACAUGUCUGUCAAGCAAUGGUGUUAGGCAUUUGUUUUAUUACCGGGAAGGCUAAUGGUGUUUAAAGAUGAAUAUUGGGCGGGUUCUAGUGGUAAUGGAGUCUACUGUAAACUCGGUCUCAGCUGCUUGCCUACCAUGUGCCAUUAGCUCCUGUAUCCUCCAAGGAACUUGAUCUCUACCAAGGAGGAAUUGUACGCUAUGAAGAUACUUCCAUCAAUAUGACCGCCAUAGGAAGAACGGGC